AUCAGAGAAACGAAUCUGUGUGCGGAGUACUGGUGUGCCUGACGGAAGCCCCAGCGGACCAAGACCUGGAGUAUAAAGUUCCGACGCUCCGGUGACUCGACACGGAAACCCGACUGAGGGCGGAGGGAGGCUGUCGUGCGCGCGGGGCACUGUGGGACGGUGGGGCUCUGGGAGACGGGACGGAAGCCUCGCUGGGUCAAGCCGUGGCGACGCGGGAAGUCCAGACGCCGUAGCUGCCCGAAGAGGAGGCCUGAGUUGGAGGUGCAGUCCCUGGCGGCGACAAUGGCAGAGCGGCCCGAGGACCUAAACUUGCCUAAUGCUGUCAUCACUAGGAUCAUCAAGGAGGCGCUCCCGGACGGUGUCAACAUCUCCAAGGAGGCCCGGAGCGCCAUCUCCCGCGCCGCCAGCGUCUUCGUGCUGUACGCCACGUCCUGUGCCAACAACUUCGCAAUGAAAGGGAAACGGAAGACACUGAAUGCCAGUGAUGUGCUCUCAGCUAUGGAGGAGAUGGAAUUCCAGCGGUUCAUUACCCCACUAAAAGAAGCUCUAGAAGCAUAUAGGAGAGAGCAGAAAGGCAAGAAAGAAGCUUCAGAACAAAAGAAGAAGGAUAAAGACCGAAAAACAGAUUCAGAAGAGCAGGACAAGAGCAGGGAUGAGGACAAUGAUGAAGAUGAGGAAAGACUGGAAGAAGAGGAGCAGAAUGAAGAGGAAGAAGUGGACAACUGAAUAGGGUAUAGAGACUGACACUUUGGAAGCUACCACUCUGAAACAUGGUAUAUGUUUAUGUGAAACUCUUCUGUGCUGGGACCAUGUUAGUCUUGGACAGAAGAACCUGAAAAGAUGGAAAUAAAAACUGAUUCGAAUUACCAGAACUAGUGCUUCCCAGACUCAGAGCAUCUGAGUAGCAGAAUCCUGUUUUGCUUAAUCAGUUUGAAGUUGUGACUUCUGGGCAAGAGGAAUUCUGAAUGGCUAAUUUAUUAGUCAAGUUGGUUACUCAUGUUUACUAAUACAUAUAUAUAUACAUAUAUAUGGCUAGGCAGUUUUUGCUCCUCCUGUGUCUUCCCUCCACCCCACCCUCCAAAAGAGUAAUUUCCAUACUAUCUGUUGUGUUUUAGUUCAUAGAGGCAAUCAACUCUCCAAAAAUUCAGGGCUUUAAUCAUGAUCACAGGUGAUCAUAAUGGUUUAGGUUUAGGAAACUUAAGAGACUCUGGCCAAACAGGGAAUCUAUUGUGUUCUUUCUUCACUUGACUCAUUUGGUGACUGCAGACCCAGUUGACUUGGAGCCCAUAGGUAUUUGACCUGGUGGGAUGGCUGCACUGUAGAUACGAUGAGCUUUUAAAUUAGUGUGGGGUAGAGUUAGUCAAGCUAGGGUGCCAGAGUUUUAUUUAACAAAACAAAUUGUUUAGGUUUAGAUGUACUUUGUGCCUGCCAUACAGCGUUAGGAUUUAUAGUCACCUUCUGGAAGGUGUAAAAUUCCAGGCUUUCUUGUAGUCUGUCCCUCAGAUUUGUAACUAUAUAUAUUUUUUCAUCCUUUAAUUCAUUACAUCUUCUAAACUUUAUUUCUUGUUCUUUAUUUUCACAUUUCUGUUUCUGUUCAAUCUGUUCUCUGCUUUCCCAUUCCUAUUUUUCCUUUUCCACUUCUGCCAGUUCAGAAACUUUAGUGACCUGCUUUAACAACCUAAAAUGUGGGUUUCUCUGGCUCCUCAAUUCUAAUCUCAUUUCUUUUUUUCAAAAUUAUUUUAUAAAGCCUCUCUGGACCAUGAGGAAAAUCUGAUGGUGCUUGGGAAUGUAAUCUCACCUUCCAACCCUUUGCUUCUAAAGUAUAUGUUUGUUGACUUUUCUUAGUCUUUCCCCAUUUGGUGCUCCAAGCACUUACUUGUCUCUAAAGUUGUCUUAAUUAAAGGUUGACAGGUAGUAAAGUGUAGUUUGACACUAUUAAUUUGUUUAUUGAGUUCAGUGAAAAGGUUGUUGAUAAAUGAUGUUGAGAAUUAUAAUGCUUUGUACAAAUAAAGAACAUUCUUGUUGAGUUUCA